GGUGGCGCAAACGACAAGACGUCGUCCGCAUGAAGAAAAGUUGGUUCUUUUGCAGAUUGUAAACAUUGGUUAAUUUUAAUGAAUGACGAUGGAAAUUGGAUCUGAAAUCAGUCACAAGAUCCGGUCUGCUAUUAAGGCAAAACUGGUUGAACUUGGAGCCUAUGUAGAUGAAGAGCUACCAGACUACAUCAUGGUGAUGGUGGCCAACAAGAAGAACAGUUUACAAAUGAAAGAGGACCUCAAUCUCUUCCUUGGUGGGAACACAGAAAAGUUCACCACAUGGCUCCACAACCUCAUCAACAAGUUGCAGUCUAUCUCAAGUGAAACAGUAUCAGACGACAAGGAGAAAGAAAAGAAGGAGAAGGAGAGGAAGAAAUCCACGGAAAAGAAGAAAUUUGCCACAAUAGAUGUACCAGUGGCAGUGCCUGUUAAGAAGGUUGAGAAGGCACCUGCAGUCCAGAAGGAGACGGUGAAGCCUAAGGCCAUCAAAGUGAAAGAGGUAGUUGUGCAGAAGGAGCCCUCACCUGCACCAGAGCCUGAAGAACCGGAGUUUACUGUCAGGGCAGAUACAGAUGAGUUCAGUGAAGAAAUGAAAGAGAUUGAAAAACAGGCAGAGGCAAAGAGAGUCCCCAGUCAGCCCACUACCACAGCUCCCCCAGUAGUAAUCCCCACCCCUAAGGUCGUAGUCGCCACUCCCCCACCAGCUCCUGUGACGGUAGUGAGGGAGCCACCCGUGGUCCGACCCGCAGCUAGUGCUGUGUCUCGACUAAGUGACAGAAAGCCUGUUGCAAGACCAGAGGCCCGGCGGGAUGGGAGGUCCGUUGUCUCAUCAGACAAACCAACUACAGUAGUCAGAAGGACAAUGGUUAUGAAGUCUUCCAGUAUAGCUUUGAAGCGGAAAGCCCCUAGUUCUGUAGUGAAACCCAUGUCCAGUCCUGCUGAGGAGGAGGAAGAGUACGACCCUCACAAUCCCUCGGUGGGCAGCGUUGCCAGUGUAGUGCGAGUCACUGCAAGGAAGUCUAGUGUACCCCGAUCUCUCCAGGCCAACAAGAUGCUGCUGAUGAAGGCUAUGACAGAUGCAGAGAAGUCCGUCACCACCACUGGCAAGCGAUCAGUCACAGUAGCCGACACCAGACAAGAGCGAGGCCAGCAGCGCUCUCAGUACAACAGCAGUAGGGGAACAGUACCAGCAGACAACAACGUGACACGGUCCUACAACCCCACUCGACCUAGCCUGGUGUCCCGGUCCAAGAAGGAGGAGAUUAUGAGGAGAAUGAAGUACACCAUCGAGGUCGAGUCACCUCAGGAUUCACCCGAGGAACCAGGCUCUGAGGAGGAGCUGGUGCCCGACAACCGGGUGGUAGAGGUGGACCCAGAGGAGGAGCAGGAUCAGGGAGUGUCCAGUCCAGAAGCAGUGGCUGGGGCAUCUGACUCUGACCCUGGGAUAGAGGUGGAGACGGUGGUGGAGGAAGAGGAUGGAGUAGGUGGGGGGGUAGAGGAGGAGACGGAGCAAGAGGCAGAGGCUAUACCUGUUAUCCUGGAGGAAGAGGCAUCAGAUGAGUUCCGCCAUGUUCUGGACACAGAAGUGGGUGCUGUGAGUCAGGUUCAAGGCAGGCUACAGCAGCAGCAGCAGGAAGUGAUGGCAGAGGAGGAGGGUGACGGCAACUCCAGGGUUGUCAAAGACAAUUCCAAGAACACCAAGUUUAUUGUGACCCUUGACGGUGUGGAUCCUGACCAGUACGACAGCAUGGAGGUGGACAUGGACGAUGCGGCCGCCGACUCUACACGGGUCAUGGAGAUGAUGUCCCGCGUGGCUCCUCCCAGAAUCAAACCUUUCUCCAUCAACCUCAAGGACUCAGAUGAUGAAGAAGAUCCUUCUAUUACCCCUCUGAAAAAGGCAAAAAUGGCAGAAAAGUGUCGAUUUUGGCCAGCAUGUGUUAAUGGCAAUGCAUGUGAAUAUCACCAUCCCACAGUCACUUGCAAAACAUUCCCCAGCUGCAAGUUUGGAGAUAAAUGUUUGUAUAUUCACCCAAAUUGUAAAUAUGAUGCCCGGUGUACAAAAACAGAUUGUCCAUUCACACAUGCAAGUAGAAGAAAACCUAUGGCUAUAUCCCCUCCCCAAGUUAUUGCCAUUCCCCAGCCCAAGGUGAUACUAGCUGCCCCCAUGGCGGCUGUACCUGCCGCAUCAACACAUCCUCGUCAGAUCACCUGUAGAUUCUUCCCAAAUUGCCACAACAUGAAAUGUCCAUUCAAACAUCCAAAGCCUUGUAGAUAUGGGUUGAGCUGUGCCAAGAAGGCAGCAUGCCCUUUCUUUCACCCAGCCCUGCCAAGCAAAGACAAGCUGACCUGGAAGGCAGGCAAGGUGGAGCAGGGGAGUGCCACCAACACAGACGGCAUCAAGGCCUCUUGAUCUUCAUCAAGGCCUCCUGUGUGACUGCUGUCUGUGUGGAUGUGUUUUACAUGAUGCGUUGUCCAGAACAUGGUGUGAUCAGUGGUUGUAAGGACACUACUCUCUGGGCAGAGAAGACCAAAGGUACCUAGCUCCUCACAGUGAUCGUUCCUGGAGCUCUCUGUACUCUCGCUGCCACCAGUCCCUACUCUUCGCUGUGUGACUGCUGUCUGUGUGGAUGUGUUUUACAUGAUGCGUUGUCCAGAACAUGGUGUGAUCAGUGGUUGUAAGGACACUACUCUCUGGGUAGAGAAGACCAAAGGUACCUAGCUCCUCACAGUGAUCGUUCCUGGAGCUCUCUGUACUCUCGCUGCUACCAGUCCCUACUCUUCACUGUGCACAGCAGACAAGUGGACCUCCCAACUGUGAUUACAAACUAACAGUGGCUGCUGUGGCACAAAAUACUUUCACCCUUCUCACUUGUUCUGUCAGCUGGACGGGUAGCCUAGUGGUUAAAGCGUUCGCUCGUCACGCCAAAGACCCGGGUUCGAUUCCCGACAUUGGUACAAUGUGUGAAGUCCAUUUCUGGUGACCCCCGCCGUGAUAUUGCUGGAAUAUUGCUAAAAGCGGCGUAAAACCAUACUCACUCACUCACUCUGUCAGCUGGAUAUUCUAUUUUAUUUCAAGUCAGGUAUACGCAUGGAUAAACCAAGAUGGUGGAAAUGUAAAGAAAAAAGUUUGGUGUUUUUCUAAUUGUAUGGGACCAAUUGAACCAAUUUUUUUUAAAUGAAUAAAUGUACAUUUAUCUGGGAAAUACUAAGGUCAUUUCACAAUUCACAUAAGUAAUAUGAUAUACGCCAAUACACAUUUGGGGUUUGAAAGAAAUUUCAAGUUCAUUAUAAUAGAUGCAGCCACACUGGUUGUAGCGAUUAUACUGGGAGUGUAAUGAAGGUGACACUCACUGGAAUGGAGCUUUCAGUAAAGUACCACGGGAACUACUGCCCGGAGAACCACUUCACACACUAACUUGUACAACAUAGUUCAGACAAGUGUACAUGCUGAAUGCAUGUUGAUUGUGAUAUGACUCUGAUGUGUUGGAUUCUGACUUAGCUAGGGAUGAGCCUGGAUGACUGUGGGUCUCUACUGACAGGGAGGACUGUGGGUCUGUACUGACAGGGAGGACUGUGAGUCUCUACUGACAGGGAGGACUGUGAGUCUCUACUGACAGGGAGGACUGUGGGUCUGUACUGACAGGGAGGACUGUGAGUCUUUACUGACAGGGAGGACUGUGAGUCUCUACUGACAGGGAGGACUGUGGGUCUGUACUGACAGGGAGGACUGUGGGUCUCUACUGACAGGGAGGACUCUGGUUCUCUACUGACAGGGAGGACUGUGGGUCUGUACUGACAGGGAGGACUGUGGGUCUCUACUGACAGGGAGGACUGUGAGUCUCUACUGACAGGGAGGACUGUGGGUCUGUACUGACAGGGAGGACUGUGGGUCUCUACAGACAGGGAGGACUGUGAGUCUCUACUGACAGGGAGGACUGUGGGUCUCUACUGACAGGGAGGACUGUGAGUCUCUACUGACAGGGAGGACUGUGGGUCUGUACUGACAGGGAGGACUGUGGGUCUGUACUGACAGGGAGGACUGUGGGUCUCUACUGACAGGGAGGACUGUGAGUCUCUACUGACAGGGAGGACUGUGGGUCUGUACUGACAGGGAGGACUGUGGGUCUCUACUGACAGGGAGGACUGUGAGUCUCUACUGACAGGGAGGACUGUGUGUCUGUACUGACAGGGAGGACUGUGAGUCUCUACUGACAGGGAGGACUGUGGGUCUCUACUGACAGGGAGGACUGUGGGUCUCUACUGACAGGGAGGACUGUGGGUCUCUACUGACAGGGAGGACUGUGGGUCUGUACUGACAGGGAGGACUAUGGUUCUCUACUGACAGGGAGGACUGUGGGUCUCUACUGACAGGGAGGACUGUGGGUCUGUACUGACAGGGAGGACUGUGGAUCUCUACUGACAGGGAGGACUGUGGUUCUCUACUGACAGGGAGGACUGUGAGUCUCUACUGACAGGGAGGACUGUGGGUCUGUACUGACAGGGUGGUGUUGUCAGACUGAGCAGGCCGCACAUGGUUACAUUGAUCAGUUAUUUUAGCAACAUGUUGUGUUAUUAGCAGUUGUUUGGGAUUGUUGUGUCUGUAUUACCCUAUUAAUGCUGAGGUUGAGAAAAUAAUUGAUGUGAGUAUAAGGCCUUAACACCCUGUUUUGACAUAUAUUUUCAUUUUCAAAAUAUUAAUACAAAUUCAAUUGAGAGAAAAGACUAUUCUUAGUUUGUGGUUGGUAGGAGGGUAUGUUACAAAAUGUGCUUGUGGAACUGUUUCCUUGAAUGAAAAGUCAAAGAGUUAUGUCCCUUCCCAUUUUAAGUUUUGGGGUACUUUUUCUUAUUAUCGAAAUUUGUUUUCUAACUAAAUCUGCCCAAUGAAAACAAGUUGUUUGUUCCACCACUGUCCCUCAUUGUGAAAUUUGGGUUGACGGAUACCUAAGCCAGGUUAUAAGACCAGUGUAAUCCAGAAUCACAAGCAAUGAAAAACUACAACUUAUUUACAUGAUAUGAACAAUUAUGGAAAAGAUACAACGAUAAUGUAUGUCUUGUUUUUAACACAUUCUUAUUAUCAGCCUUCUGUACACUAAACAUUGUGUCUUUAUCAAAAGCAUUAUCAGGAAUGUGUGUUGACAUUUGAUAUUUUGUUAAAUCUGAACAACGACAAAGCUAUGACAGUUCUGUAACAGAACAGUAAUUAUUUAUUACUACUGCAGACAACAUUUCACAAAAACAAGCCAGCAAAAUCAAACAGCAGCGUUUCUGAGAAUGCGACUACCUUGGUAUUUUGUUUCAAAUAUAUUGUAACAAUGAAAUCAAUGCCAAUUAAAAACAACUUUAAAUAAGUAACUAUGAUUUUAGUCCUCUCUGAUUUUUUUAUGGCAAAUUGUGUCAUGGUGUGACUGAUUUCAGGCAAAAAUGACAUGAGACCCGUGAAGAUCCAGGUGAGAAUAGGUCUUCAGCAACCUAUGCUUGCCGUAAGAGGAUCAGCUAACAGGAUCUGGUGGUCAGGCUCGCUGACUUGGUUGCAUGUCAUUGUAUCCCAAU